CUAACGCCCACUGUCUCUGCAAUCCAAAAACCACUAAACCAUUGUCCAAAACCACAAACCGCCAACAGUUUCACAAGCCACAGCCACCACCCUCACAGAGUCACAUACACACACUAUAUAUAUCACAAUCAAUUACUCAGUUCCAACACACAUUCUCACAUCUAUAUCAUUCUUCUUCAAGUUUUCUCCAGUGUUGAUCAAACAGAAAUGGCUGCAGGAACGGAGCGCAAGAUUCUGGUGGCCGUCGAUGAAGGUGAAGAGAGCACAUAUGCUCUCUCAUGGUGCCUGAAGAACGUAGUUACUGAAAAUUCCAAAGAUAUCCUUAUCCUCCUCUACGCCAUACCGCCUCGAGCUGUCUACACUGGCUUGGAUGGAACAGGGUAUUUGUUUUCUUCGGAUAUAUUGGCAACCAUGGAAAGGUACAGUAACCGGGUGGCUGAAUGUGUGACUGAGAAGGCGAAGAGAGUCUGCAAGGAGGUGAAUGAUGUCAAGGUGGAAACAAAGGUGGAACAUGGGGAUCCAAGGGACGUGAUUUGCCAGGUGGCGGAGAAGUUGGGUGUUGAUGUGGUCGUCAUGGGGAGCCACGGGUACGGUCUGAUCAAGAGGGCUUUCUUGGGGAGUGUAAGCAAUCACUGUGCACAGAACCUGAAGUGUCCUGUUCUGAUUGUGAAGCGGCCCAAAUCAACUAAUGUCAGCAAUAGUUGACCUAUUCUUUUGGGUUCUUACAACGGUCUAGUUGUUGUGCAAUUGUUCUUGUAUCUUUGACUUAUUUUUUUGCAUGUUUGUUCUUUUUUUUGACUUGUUUUGGUUAGAGCUUGUAUAUGUAAUAACUCUGCGUUUUCUGUUUGGUGCAUAUAAAAUUUUGUCAGAUUCAUAAUGUCAGCAUUAACAGUGAAAUUAUAUUGUGAAU